AUGGCUACAGAUGCCUUGGGGUUCUAUCUGCUACUGGACUUUUCGAGAAUGCUUGGAAAGGGAGAGAAGAUAAAUGAAGGAAUUAAGAAACAUCACGAGUGCCUUAAAUCUGUUGGUGCAACUGCUACUUUCGAAUACUGGCAUCCGGAGGUUGUAAAAAAUAUUGUAGGGGAAGUUGACACUUUGGAUGUUUAUCUCGCAAUCGGAUUUGACGCCAUCACAGAGAAUGAUAUCCCUCAACUCUCGGCUGAUAUUUUAUCAACUACGGGGCAUGGUAAGAGCAAACUUGUCUUGACUCUCCCUUGGCCAGAAGAUUACACAAAUCUUGAAGACGUUGAAGUCUUCAAGUCCGCGCCUGCUCUUCUUGGUACUAAUGCUCAAGAUUAUGUGGUUAUCGCUUCGCCAGUAGCGAUUAUACAAGGAGGUAUUGCAAGUGCGCAAAAGUUUUUUGAUAUGUUGAAAGAGGGUAUCAGUGGAAAGAAACUUGUUGUGAAGGUUGAGUACCUAGGUAGGCUUAGAGGAGUUCUUUCGGUUGGCAAAGGAGUGGUGAGGGAGUUUCUUGGGUGUUUUGGGGAUGCUUGA